CGGUAUUUACGCAUGCGCUCGAUUGUAUGUUGAAUAAAAUUGAUAAAUUAAAAUCUACAUCAAAAAUGGUUUCCCAAUGGAGGCAGAUUGGAAUGAGUUAUCUGCAAUAUUCUGCAAUUUGUGCAAGAGCUGUUCGACGCUGUCUUAAAUCUGAGUUUAAAAUUGAUUCGUCAAGACUUGACCAGACAAAUAUAAAAGUCACAAAAUGGACAGAUGGAAAGCCAGGAAAAGCCAAGAUUUAUGGAAGUCAAUGAUUCCAAGGGGAAAUUGCCAAGGAGGAAUUAAAGACAGUUGAAAUAUUUACAAUUGUUGUAUGCUCAACAUUAAAUGCUUGUGAUGUUGUGAUGUUAUUAAAGUAUUGCAAAAAUUUGAGACAAAAA